AUGCGUCUUCUCCGUACCGACAGGCUCGAGGUGGUUGACUUUCUGGGACAAGACAUUCCCCCUUACGCAAUUUUAUCCCACACAUGGGCUGAGGAGGAAGUGACGUUACAAGACGUGCAACAAGGAUUGUCACAGUCACGCCUUGGGUACGACAAGGUCACCGGAGCGUGUGCAGUAGCGGUUCAGGACGGAUUCGAAUACAUUUGGAUUGACACCUGCUGCAUCGACAAAACGAGCUCGUCUGAGCUCUCUGAGGCCAUCAAUUCCAUGUUCAAGUGGUAUAGUGACGCCGAAGUAUGCUACGCAUUUCUCCGCGACGUGAAGGCCGAUGAAGACCCUCACUGGCAGUGGAGCGCCUUUAGAAGGUCCCGCUGGUUUACACGCGGCUGGACGCUACAGGAACUCAUCGCUCCCGGGGUCGUCUACUUCUACGGCGCUGACUGGAAGCUCAUCGGGUGCAGGGACAAGUUGCUCAAUGUCAUCGUCCAGGUUACCAAUAUCAACCCGCACUACUUCGUGACCGGUGAACUUUCGGAAUUUUCGGCUGCGCAGAAGAUGUCCUGGGCCGCCAACCGCCACACGACCCGCCCCGAGGAUGAGGCCUAUUGCUUACUCGGGCUGUUCGACAUCAAUAUGCCUCUGCUGUACGGCGAGGGUGAGCGGGCGUUCCAGCGGCUGCAGGAGGAGAUCCUACGCCAGUCCGAGGAUGACUCCCUCUUUUCCCACAUGCAAGACCAGAUUCUGGCCACUUCGCCUCCGACUUCCCUCCCUCCAGGCACGACUUUCUGCCCUCCGACCACGACUUCCUGA